AUGUCUUUUCUGGGUGACCUUUACAUCUAUCUCUACCUGGCUGCGUUGAAGACCUUCCCUGUCUUGCCAACCACGCUCAUUGUCUGCUUCUUCUUCCAUCGGUUUGUCAUCGCUCCUUUGUAUAAUGAACUCGCAAGACUGCCCACGGUCCGAUACAGAUGGUUCCUCCCCGAUGUCCUCAACCGGCUCGCGUUCUACUUUUACGGAUGCGAUCAAAUCGCUCAAGGUUACAGAAAGUACAAGGAUCGUGCAUUCCGGCUCCUUACCACGGACGGUGACUUGGUUGUUUUGCCGCUUCAGUAUCUAUGGGAGAUCGAACAGUUGCCCAUAACCACGCUGAGCGCUGCCAGAGCACGGCAUAAGAAUCUCCUCAGCGAGUACACUGACGUAGUCAGAGGGAGUACAAAUGUAUCUCGUGCAGUCGCCGAGAUGAGCCAACAGAAUCUUCAGCACAUUACUAUGCAAUUCAACGAUGAGUUUCACAAGGCGCUCUACGUCGAAGUCCCAAGAUGUCAGUACAAAUGGACGCCCGUCAACCUCUACAAACUAGUCCUCAAGCUCAUCAGCCGCACCACCGCCCGCUUCACCGUCGGCGAGGAGCUCUACCUGAACGAGCUCUGGCUCGAAACAGUCCCCAGCUAUACCAGCGACAUCCUGACAACCAUCAUACUCCUGCGUCCCGUGCCCCAGGUCCUACGGCCCCUCGUCGCACGCUUUCUCCCCAGCCUACGCCGGGCCCGCGCAAGAGCCCGCUGGGCCCAGACCGAGCUGCUCAUGCCCACAAUCCAGUCGCGCCAACACAAGGAAGUUCACGACGGCGCAUACCAAAAGCCCCAGGACCUCAUGCAGAGGAUGCUGGACACAGCGACCACCAACUUCGACCGGGAGCCCGCCAACAUCGCCAAAGCGCUGAUGUCGACCAUCACACUCUCAAUCGUCCACCCGAUCACCAACCUCGUCACGCACGCCGUCUACGACGCUCUCACCCAGGGCCAGGGUCAGGGCCAGGGCCAGACAAUCGGUCCGCUGCGGAUAGAGACCGAAGAAAUCCUAUCCCUCAUCGAGCACGACGACGAAUUCGGUCUGAUCACCCGUCCCUACCAAGGCCUCAUGGACAGUUUCCUGCGCGAGGUCCUGCGAUGGAAUCCGCUGAGCGAACUGAACCCCCGCUACACCCUCCUAAAAACCCAUACCUUCACUACCUUCACCACCACCACCACCACCAAAACCCAACAAUCCUUACCCCUAACCCUCCCCGCCGCCACCCAAAUAACCUUCCCAGCGGGCCCGCUCUCCCGAGACGCCACCAUAAUCCCGCACGCGGAGCGCUUCGACGCCUUCCGCUGGACCCGCGACCCGCUAGAAGUCCUCCCGCUCUUACGACCCGACACGAUCGACCCGCGCCUCCGCAAGGCCGUCGCCUUCGACACCGGCUUGGCGGACACCAGCCCGGUCAAUUUGCACUUCGGGUGGGGAGGAGGAGGUCGCGGAGCGGUGUGUCCCGGUCGACACCUCGCGGCGCGCCUGGCGGCCGUGGUGCUGGGCCGGCUGCUUGUACAGUACGAUCUGCGGCUGUUUCCGGGGGAGAAGAGACGUAGGCCUGGGAAUUUGGGGGCGGGGGAGUUGGUUUUUCCUAAUCCGGGGGUGAGGGUGUUGGUUAGGGAGAGGGAGAGGGGUGGAUGA